AUGUCUGAGCAGUUUGACCGCAAAUCGAGCUCUUCCGAAGGGAAAUCGAACAUCCCUGUAACAGGAAACCAUUCGGACUCCACCAAUUUUGUCGAUGAGCACCCAAACCCUGCUCCACCCCACUAUACUAACUUGGCCUCAACAGCAAAGUCGUUUGGUGUUCGGAAAGCAGAGAUUUUGUCCGCUCAAUAUGAGUCGCCAUUCUACAAAACCCUCUUCUUUGUCUCUGCCUUCUGUUGCGCUUACUGUUAUGGAUUGGAUGGAACGCUUAGAUACUUCUUCCAGACAUACGCUACUAGCUCUUACAACACCCACUCGCUUUAUGCCACGGUCAAUGUUAUUAGAGCUGUUGUGGCUGCUGCUUCUCAACCAACUUACGCCAGAUUGUCUGAUAAAUUUGGUCGUUUGGAGUUGUUCAUUGUGUCUGUGAUCUUCUAUGCUGUUGGUACCGUCAUUGAGUCUCAGGCAUACGACAUCAACCGUUUUGCUGGAGGUGCUGUGUUGUAUCAGAUUGGAUACUCCGGUGUGAUGUUGAUUUUGCAGGUUUCGUUGGCUGAUAUGUCUACAUUGAAUUGGAGAUUGUUUGCUUCUUUCAUUCCCGCUCUUCCAUUCAUCAUCAACACCUGGGUCAGUGGAAAUGUCAGUGAUUCUUUGAUCUCUAAGCACUCUUGGAACUACAGUAUUGGUAUCUGGGCUUUUAUUUUCCCAUUAUCUUGUGUACCAAUUUUCUUCUGCUAUUUCCACAUGAGAUACUUGGCUCGCAAGACUCCAGAGUGGGCACAGAUCAAGGAAGAAGAAAGAGCUGAAUUUAAGGGCUGGGGACACUACUUCAUUGACUUGUUCUGGAAACUUGAUGUCAUUGGUAUUCUUUUCAUCAUCUGUGUGUUCGGAUUCAUCUUGGUGCCUUUUACUAUUGCAGGUGGUACUUCGUCCCAAUGGAAGAAAGGUUCUACCAUCGCUCCCUUGGUCAUUGGAUUUGUGCUUAUUCCAUUUUUUGUGUUGUGGGAAUACAAAUUUGCCAAGUUCCCUAUUGUUCCAGUCCCACUUUUGAAAGACCGUGGUGUAUGGGCUGCCCUCAUCAUUGCUUGUUUCGUCAACUUCGUCUACUACAUGCCUAAUGACUUCAUGUACACGGUGUUGAUUGUCGGUAUGCGUGCAUCCGUCAAGGCUGCUUCUCGUAUCACUUCGUUGUAUUCAUUUGUAUCUGUCAUUGUUGGUCCACUCUUAGGUCUCGUGCUCACCAGAGUCAGAUAUACUAAGCCAUUCAUUAUCUUCGGAUGUGCCGUCUGGUUCGUUGCUUUGGGUCUCUUUGUCCACUUCAGAGGAGAUAAUGAUGGUAUUGAAUCGCAGAAGUACCUUAAUGGUGUCACUGCUGGAUUGUGUGUUAUGGGUUUCGGUGCUGGUUUCUUCACCUACGUUACUCAGGUCUCUAUCGAGACUUGUACCAACCACGAGUACAUGGCUGUUGUUCUUUCCUUGUAUUUGGCUUCCUACAACAUUGGAUCUGCUUUGGGUGCUUCUGUUUCGGGUGCCAUCUGGAACCAGCUCAUGUACGAACGCAUUUUCAAGAAGAUGCAACAGCUUGGUGUCGACACUGCUUUAGCUGCAGAUGCUUAUGGUGCUCCAUACACUUUCAUUAUAACAUAUGUGUGGGGAACACCUGAAAGAAUUGCUGUUGUGUUGGCUUAUGCUGAGAUUCAGAAGAAGUUAUGCAUUACUGGUCUCUGUUUGUGUGUUCCAUUGUUGACGGCGUCGCUCUUCUUGAGAAAUCAUUACUUAGACACCGUCCAGUCCUUGGAUGAGUCUCACUCUCACACUGAGGGUGUUCAUGGUGACAAGGCCGCCAUCAACGAUACUGUGGUUGUUAACAACUACGAUCACGAUCCAGUGGCUGACUUCUUCAGAGGUAUCUUCGGAAAGAAGUCUAAGCAAGUGGCCUAA